UAAGAUCAGAUAAAUUAAGAGCACUGACUGUAUAUAUUUUUGUUGAUAAUUUUUCUGAUCACGGUGCUAUGCAGCCCUUUCAUAUUUCUCUGGUCGUAGUCUUAGUCAUGUCGCGCCGGCGCCAUUUUAUCGACAAGAAAAGAACUCAUGACGUCACGCAACGUCAACACGUACUCGAACUCCAUCGAUAUUAUGCACAAUUGUUCAUUAAUUACAUUACAGAGAUAGUACAUGUACAGCUUUCUACUACAUAGAAAGUAGAACUAAUGUGCAUGUAGCCUACCAGAACUCGAGCGACUGCCACGCUGAUCGACUGAAGAACUAUGGUAACAUGUUAACCCUGCAUGUGCAGACACUUGAGUGUCCAAAGUAAAGUACAAUGUACACAGUUACAUCAAUUCAAACUUUCUGAGACCCUGAAAAGCAGAAAAUACCAACAACAGACUGUACUGCAUACCGGAAGACAACAGCAAGUCACAUUCUACUGUAAUUAAAUAGGCAAACAAAUUUGGUGUAGCUGCACCCAUCAGAACUUGUAACUCGGCACACCAUAGCUGACUGGAGAAUGAAAAUUGAUAUCCAUAAUCACAUUCUUCCUGAGAGAUGGCCAGACCUUAAAGAGCGAUAUGGCUAUGGUGGUUGGAUCCAGAUGUACCCUCACUGUGAGGGCAAGUCACGCAUGAUGAGAGAUGGUAAACUGUUCCGCAUCAUUGAGGACAACUGUUACAAGCCUGAAGAAAGAUUACGGGAAAUGGAUGCCACAGGUGUAACAGUGCAGGCGCUGUCCACAGUCCCGGUGAUGUUCAGCUACUGGGCUAAGCCUGAAGACACUCUGGAUCUCUGUCACAUUCUGAAUGAUGACUUGGCCAAGACUGUCCAGAAAUACCCCAAGCGCUUUGUGGGCCUAGGCACUCUCCCCAUGCAGGCACCAGAACUGGCUGUCCAAGAGUUAAGGAGAUGUCGGGAGGAGCUUGGCUUCCCUGGCGUGCAGAUUGGCUCCCAUAUCAACGAUUGGAACUUGGAUGCACCAGAAUUACAGCAAGUCUUUGCAGCUGCAGAGGAGUAUGACUGUGCAAUUUUUGUGCAUCCUUGGGACAUGGAGCUUGGUGGUCGCAUGUCUAAGUAUUGGCUACCUUGGCUAGUCGGUAUGCCAGCAGAAACAGCUACAGCAAUGUGCUCUAUGAUCUUUGGAGGAGUCUUGGAACAUUUCCCAAAGCUCAAAGUCUGCUUUGCACAUGGAGGUGGUGCUUUCCCAUAUACCAUUGGCCGCAUUGAGCAUGGCUUCAACGUCCGCCCAGAUCUCUGUGCCGUUGAGAAUACCGUCAACCCACGCAAAUACAUCGGUCGCAUCUACACAGACUCCCUGGUUCAUGAUGAGAAGGCACUCCAGUUUCUUGUCGCUACAAUGGGCAAGGACCAUGUAAUGCUUGGCAGUGACUACCCAUUCCCCCUUGGUGAGCAUCAUCCAGGAAAACUCAUUGAAUCUGUCCAGGAGUUCACUCCAGACCUCAAGGAUGCUUUACUGGCUGGGAAUGCACUGGAGUUCCUAGGCCUAGAGAGGUCACAGUACGAGUCCACUGACCCUGUGGCAUCAGCCUCAAACACCAGUAACAACUGCUCAACCUUACCAAUGGAGAUGGAACCCCCUCCAAAGAAACAGAAACUGGAUAUCUGAAAAGGGAUCUCAAAGAGGGGGAAAGACUCAAGGCAGAAGGAAGCUGACAGUACGUAAAGAUAACAAGGAAAAAAGAUGGCAUUGUUUCCUACGCGAUGUUUGCCUCUCCUGUAAUCAAGAUGUUAUGAUUGUCUCAAAAACUAAAAGUCUAAUGACCAUGGUCACUUAUGAUGAUUAGCAAUGAGUCAAUUUUCCUGUAUCCACAGGAUCUGAAGGCCUAAAUCUACCAAUUUAAAUUGUACACAAACAUGCACCUUAAUAAAACAGUGCUUUUGAAGUGGUCAUUUCUCACAAAGCUACCCCAUGUAGACAGAAUACUGUAAUGAAACGUCUCAAAAAGAGAUUAGAUUACUUCUUUAACCUUCCUAUGCUGAAGUCACUCUUUGGAUCACUUAGUAAACACCUCAAAGAAGCACAGCUGUGUUGUGUUGUGCACUGC